AGUUGCUUGUCCGCUUGCGCUUAAUUUAUCAAAUCUUAAAAUAAUACGUAGAUUAUUUUCGCACUGAUUACAGUUGGCGAUAUAAAUAAUGUUUCUUCAGUACCGACAUUUAGUUUAACUAGGAAAAACAGUUAAAGAACAAGUAAUGGAGGCGAACGGCAUUAUUCCGGACAUUAUCGAUACCAAACCCAAAGCACUACUGGAGGUGAACUAUCCCAGUGGUGUGAAGGCGGAUUUGGGUAAAGAACUCACUCCAACUCAGGUAAAAGAUCAACCCACAGUUACUUGGAAAGCGGAGAGCGAUGCUUUAUACACUUUGGUAAUGGUAGACCCAGAUGCACCAUCGCGUGCUGAACCAACAUAUCGUGAAAUUUUGCACUGGCUUGUAAUCAAUAUUCCAGCCAAUAAAGUAGCUGAAGGUCAAACAGUCGCUGAAUACGUUGGUUCUGGCCCUCCAGAAGGAACUGGUCUGCACCGCUACAUCUUUCUAGUCUUCAAACAGCCAGCCAAGAUUGAUACUACAAAAUUUAUUUCCAAAACGUCUCGUGAAGGUCGCCUUAAAGUGAAGACAAGAGAUUAUAUUGCCAAGUAUAAUUUGGGUGAACCGGUUGCUGGAAACUUCUACCAGGCACAAUACGAUGAUUAUGUGCCCAUAUUAAAAGCGCAAUUUACUGAGUGAUUUUAGUAGCUACAAGUAGAAAAUCACAAAACGAUUUAAUUUGUAUACUUACACAUCACAGAACUUUAUUCAAAGCCUCUUAUGCCAAUUAUCUACUGUUCGACUGCAUCAGCCAAAUUAAUGUCCUCUCAAUAAUAAUAAAUUAUAAGAUGAAUUAUGUAGGCACGAAUAUUUCUAUCUCUUGUGUGAGGCUCUAGACGGCGCCAAUUUCUGGCAGAAGAAUACGUGCUUGACCAAUAUUAUCGUUACCACAGAAAUAAAAACUACCUAGAAAUUAUUUAAGUUCAAUUAAAAUCUGUUUAUUAAUUUUUUUUUUAUUUUGCUAUAAAAAUA